AUGUCCAACGCUCAAACAGCUGGAAUAAAAGUUAGUUUCCAAGCGCUAUUGAAGCGAUGUUCAACAUUGCUCCUCAAUGAAUUUUACAAAAAGAUGAGUCUUGGGAUCCGCUCUAAACUUUGCGAUCUCAAUGGCCACGUUGGAGAGAAAACAGAUGAUUUUGACAACGUGCAUGGCGGUUUUGGCUACGGAGAACGGGAUGAAAAUGGCAACCGCAUCCUUGAGUUUGCUAAAAGUCACGGGUUUUGUUUACUGAACACAUAUUUUAAAAAGAAGUUGGAACAUCUUAUAACAUACAAAAGUGGACCAUCAGCCACGCAGAUUGAUUUCUUCACUGUCAAGCAACAACACCGAAGGCUAUUCAAAAAUGUCAAAGUUAUACCUGGCGAAUCAUGUGGACUAAUCACAGAAACUAAGACCUGGUUUAUACGAAUUUUCUAUAUAAACUGCAAAAAGUGCGGAAGAUAUUUAAGAUAUUUGCAAAAUCGAAAUAGGUCCUAUACACUCAAGAAAGAAUUGGAAAACUGUAUAUUAUUUUAA